AUCCGUCAGUGAAGGAAAACAUGGCGGUGGCAGGUGAUGCGGGCGCCAAGGAUGACAUAAAGACUCAGUUCACGACGAUAGAAGGCGUCUACCGCUUACUGCCACUCUCCGAAUACAGUAGACCCAACCGUAUAGCGUACAAUAACAGCGGCGGGAGUGGCACUAUACCCGCCGUCAGGGUCUCCUUCGUCACUUUACCCGACGCCAGUGGCAAUAUUAGCGCGAUAAACGGCGAUAGAACCAAAAUAUGUUUCAAUUACGGCCGAGAACUGUUUGUAUAUACGUAUAGAGGCAUUAAGAAGGCAGCAGACUUAACCAAACCUAUAGACAAAAGAGCCUACAACAAAGAGGACGUGCCAACUUGCCACGACUUCAAUGCAACAACGGCAAAUGCUGAUGGCGUCUCCCUGCUAGUGGGCUUGUUGGGGGGUCAAGUACAACUUAUAGACCCCAUCACCAAGGAAGUUAAUAAAGCAUAUAAUGCUGGCGAGAGAUUGAUAGACAAGACAAAAGUGACAUGUGUCCGAUGGAUACCGGGUUCUCCCAAUCAGUUUCUGGCCGCCCACAGCAGUGGACACAUGUACACUUAUAAUGAGGAGCUCCUGUGUGGUGUUGACAGACCCCAUUAUCAGCUGUUCAAACAGGGCGAGGGCUACUCCGUCUAUACAUGCAAAACGAAAAGUACUAGAAACCCACUUUAUAGAUGGGUCAUUGGCGAGGGAAGCAUUAAUGAAUUUGCCUUCUCGCCAUGCUCCAAAUACCUGGCUGUGGUAUCCCAGGAUGGGUACUUGAAAGUCUUUAACUUUGAUACAAUGGAUUUAGUGGGUAGUGCCAGAAGUUACUAUGGAGGGUUAUUAUGUGUGUGUUGGUCGCCUGAUGGCCGUUACGUUGUUACUGGCGGCGAGGACGACCUCGUUACAAUCUGGUCGUUUCACGAAAAGAGAGUUGUGGCCAGAGGACAAGGACAUAAAAGCUGGGUGACUGUGGUUGCAUUUGAUUCCUAUACAACAACUUAUAGUGAUAUGGAUGUGUUUGAUGUGUGUAACGAAGAUAUGGUCAAACACAAUAGCAUUGGUAAUGACGUGAGAGGUAGUAAGACAAAUAAUAGUGCGCCAAAUUCCAGGCCAAAUUCGAACAGAAACUCUCUAGCCUCAGAUGGACUGGGGUUAUCCGUAACGAGUUAUCGAUUAGGUUCAGUCGGACAGGACACUUUGCUAUGUUUAUGGGACCUGAAGGACGAUGUUUUAAUGCAGCCAUACUUGCGGCCAAGAUCGAGCACCGUUGUUAGUAGCAGUGGACGGGGAAGUGUAAGUGGGGGAACAGGUGUGCCUCAGAGUGGACAACCGACAGCUAAUGCCAAGAGCAACAGUGUAAAAGAGUCUUCUGUUGGUAGUGAUUCUUCUCACCACUCCCACUCGACUAACUCCCUUACCGCCAAGCUCGCAAACCUCAACUUUGGUGAAAAGAAAGACAAAGAGAAAGGCGAGAAAGACCAUAAACGAAGCCUGAGCUUGGCGUCGAAAAAUUCUACACAAAAUUGUAAAGGUUCUGUAAAUAAAAAUCAAGUAGGAGGAUCGACAGUACUACCUGAAGACGCCUACAGACCUAUGGGUACAUCCCUCUGUCCAAGAUUAGAUGAAUGUCCUGUAUUAGAGCCCAUGAUUUGCAAAAAAAUUGGUCAUGAGCGUCUCUCUGGCCUAAUCUUCAGAGAGGAUUGCCUAAUUACCUCGUGUCAAGAUGGCUGUGUGCUCACUUGGUGUCGGCCAGGAAAACAGCCUGGUAGCAAUCAACACUCUACACCCAGUCCGACAACGGCUGUGGCCAUGGGUGGAGGGCCCCUGGCCUCGGGUGGGACGGUAGUGUAGCCUCAGGGAAGGGUGGCGGUUGUCCGUGGUUUCUGGUCAAGCGCCACAGUGGUGUGAUCGUCCCAGACUGUGCGUGUGUGUGUGUGUGCGUGUGUGUGGGCGUGUGUUGCCGUGAUGUACUAUUGCAUUACUGAUUCUGGGGAGGGGAAGGGAAGGGGUUAUGCAAUGGCCAGUCAGGUUAUAGGUGGUUAUACUGUAUAAUGUAUAUAUAAUGAAUUGUGUAAAAAGAAAUUGAAGUUCCCUGGGUGGUUAUUAUAUUUGAAAGCUGUGCAGCCUACACUGACAGAAUGUAAAAGUUGCGAGGGUGCAUCAGCAAAGCCAGUGACAGCAAAAUGUCUUUAUUUUGCCAUUUCUAGGUACCCAAACUGUUGUACUAAAUUUCCCGAUUCAUUUUCCACACUCCCACACUUGCUGCUCUAUCUAUACCAGUUUUGGUUUUAGUCAUAAUUUUGAGUUGUAAAUGUGAAACCUUGUGCAUAACUUAUAGGAACUGCCUUAACUGUGAAUCUGGUAUCACUUUAGUGUUAGGUUCUAAUGAUGUUUUGUAAUUGUGGCUUGAUUGAGGGUAUUCACAGUGAAGAAUGUCAUUCUCUAUGGCCUGUACAACAGCUCUUCCCCUGCUUUGUGCUUGUUUAAUUGUAAUAUGUUUCAGACGGAUGCACUACGAGCUCGAUUUUUCAUUCUUGUCACUAUUUGAAUACUGUUUUUUGGUGUGUCCAUUCCAGUGCUUUACUUGGAUUUGUAUCGGUUUACUUUCCACAGUUAUUGCUGGGGUCAUAUUGUCUUAUAAUUUAUAAUAAAUUGCCAAUAAUAUGUAUAUUGUAUUUUGAUGUUAAACUCAUGCCAUGGCUGAGAAGUAUAUUGGGGAUUUAUCGAAAACCACAUUGUGCUAAAUGUACAUAGGUAGUGGCAUAAAAUCGUCAUGACAUUUUUAAAACAAGUUUUUGAUCUUAUGUUUUCGACCUGUAAUUUUCACAGGGUAGUUAAAUAAUAAGAAAAUCAUUGACUGAUGUAUACAAGUUAGUGACGAGAAGCUGAAGUGUAUUAUAAAUAUUAUUUUUAUAACUACAACCAAAAGACUGAAUUAAAAUAGAAUUUUAGUCCAGCUGCUAAAAUGUAAAUCAAAUAGCUAUACAGUAUGUUUUCCUUAAUAAUAAUAUUCAUAGUAUUGUACUAUGGGCUUCAUCAGCAAAUUAAAACCCUAAAUAUCAAUAUUUUAAUAAAAACUCCAAUAUAAUUUAAGCCCAGUGUUUUUAUAUAGGGCUACACUUCUCGGUUACCCAAGAUGCUGCAAGGAAUCGGUCUGUUCCCCUGAACUAGAAUAUAUAUAAUUUAAAUUCCAUGCAUGCACUGUACUAUAUUUAUAUAUACUUCCUACACAUUCAUUAUUCAUGGGCGUCAAGUGGCAACUGCUUCACUUGUACAGUAGCCAAACCUGCGCGUACAAGUUCCCGACGCAUGUCACUCGCACUUCACAAGUGUUGGCACGUAAAGGCGUACGAAAUACAACGGGAAGCUUAUGAAUGUGGUCACCACCCCCCUCAAGAAACUGCCUUGUGACCCUCACGGUCACUAUCCUCAAGGAAGGGCGGUCCCAUAAGGGGAUAAUAUCUUGGACAUUAGGGGAUAUAUCUUGGACACCACCUUCCCGUAAGAAAGGUGGUGUCCAAGAUAUAGAUAGACACUGUGUAUAACGUUUCCUUCAGUUUGCCAGCAUGAACUUGAAUAGCAUCCCUCUCAAAGACCAGGUUUACUGCAGAUCUCAAAACCUUGCUCAUUAUAAUCCCAUUUACUCUCGAAACACUUGUCUUUAUUUCCGAUAUAAUUCUUUUCAAGGGUUGCAUUUGUAAUUGUAGAUAAAUGUGUAGAAGCCAUAUACUGUACUGUUAUUUCUGCAAAUAUUUCAAUGUUGGGAAUCUAACUUUAAUUUCUUGCAAAAGCCUUCUUAAAUUUUCAGUCUUGAAUUAAUGCUUAGUUUUGCUUAGAAUGCCAUAAGUAUGGACAUUGUUACAGAGGAGAAACUUUAUACUGUAAUGGGGUACAAUUAAUAACUGAUAGUCAAAGCUUGCCUCUAAACGAAGCAAAUGUAUCAUCAGAGUUGAGCCAUAUAAAAAUCAAAACGAGAUUUGCUUGGCUGCAUUUUGUGGCUGCCUCCCACGAUAAGCUUAUGGGGACGAGGAGUCACAAUAACGUGGCUGAAAAAUGUCGACCAAACCACACACUAGAAAGCGAAAAGACGACGACGUUUCAGUUCGUCCUGGACCAUUAUCAAGUCGAUUGUGAUAAUGGUCCAGGAGGAUAAGUCCAUAAUCGACUUUAUAAUGGUCGACGACGGACCAAAACGUCGUCGUCUCUUCAGUUUGUAGUGUGUGGUUUGGUCAACAUGCUUAUAGGGUACACACACAGGUUGUCAAGUAUAUUUGGUAAUUGGUUUCUUGCAUGUUUUGAAACGGAAUAAAUGUUUGGGUCCAAAUGCUGCAGUUUUCUCAUAAUUCUUUGUUAGGUUUAAUAAGCCUCUGAUAUCUUUUAUUAAGAUAAUGAGAUUAUCUGUAUAUGCAAUUACAUGUGAAAAAAUUUAUAAUAAAAGUGAUGUCCAGUAAUCAGAAACUAUACAUAGUAAGUGAAUAUUAUAUUAUAUUGGAAAUCUACUUUUAUUUAAUCUUUUUUUUUGGUAUUCUUUUGUACCCUUACUAGAAAUUUUUUGUUAUGCUUUUUAGUUGUGGUGUUGAUAGUUUGAUGAUGAGCCGAGUAAUCCCUGCAUAGCCGGGCUGUGCUGUGCAACACCUAUAUGUUGACCUGCGUGGGUUUAGGGUUUUACUUGUUGAACUCUUCAAUUAGAGGAAGAAAAUGGUUGUUGAUAGCUUGUUGCCCAUCUUGAUAUAGUUAUAUUGGUUGAUAGCUUGUUGCCCAUCUUGACAACUAUAUUGGUUGAUAGCUUGUUGCCCAUCUUGACAACUAUAUUGGUUGAUAGUUUGUUGACCAUCUUGACAACUAUAUUGGUUGAUAGCUUGUUGCCCAUCUUGACAACUACAUUGGUUGAUAGCUUGUUGCCCAUCUUGACAACUAUAUUGGUUGAUAGUUUGUUGACCAUCUUGACAACUAUAUUGGUUGAUAGCUUGUUGUCCAUCUUGACAACUAUAUUGGUUGAUAGUUUGUUGACCAUCUUGACAACUAUAUUGGUUGAUAGCUUGUUGCCCAUCUUGACAACUACAUUGGUUGAUAGCUUGUUGCCCAUCUUGACAACUAUAUUGGUUGAUAGUUUGUUGACCAUCUUGACAACUAUAUUGGUUGAUAGCUUGUUGCCCAUCUUGACAACUAUAUUGGUUGAUAGCUUGUUGCCCAUCUUGACAUCUACAUUGGUUGAUAGCUUGUUGCCCAUCUUGACAACUACAUUGGUUGAUAGCUUGUUGCCCAUCUUGACAUCUACAUUGGUUGAUAGCUUGUUGCCCAUCUUGACAUCUACAUUGGUUGAUAGUUUGUUGACCAUCUUGACAACUAUAUUGGUUGAUAGCUUGUUGCCCAUCUUGACAACUAUAUUGGUUGAUAGUUUGUUGACCAUCUUGACAACUAUAUUGGUUGAUAGCUUGUUGCCCAUCUUGACAACUAUAUUGGUUGAUAGCUUGUUGCCCAUCUUGACAACUAUAUUACCUUGAGGUUACCUUGAGAUGGUUUCAGGACUCAGCGGCCCGGUCGUCGACCAGGCCUCCUGGUUGCUGGACUGGUCAACCAGGCUGUGGGACGCGGCUGCUCACAGCCUGACCUUCGAGUCGCAGCCUGACGUUCGAGUUGCAGCCUGGUUGAUUAGGCAUCCUUUGGAGAUGUUUAUCAAGUUCUCUCUUGAACACAUUGGUUGAACUUUGCAAGUUUGCUGUCUCCACAGUUGAGCAAUAUUAUUUUAGUACCAACUUAAUGUUUGUAUGAGUGUGCUUGACGAAUAGAUCGGUGACUCGGGGUCAUCUGGUCCAUUAUCGUAGUGAUGGUCUUGUGUGAUCUAUUAACAGCUGGAGAGUUUAGUUUUUGUUUUUCAUUUUAUAAUUUAGAUGCAGUUUAAGGGAGCUAAGCUGUUGAUUACUGUAUGAAUUUCAUUAAUAUAAUGUAUUUGAUGUGAUGUGGUUGGCCACAUAAGGCAAUAUAAAAGUACACGUGUAAAUAAAGUACUGUAGGAUGCAUUUUGUUGCUGCACUUGUUUUUGCAUGUUGAUAUUCAAUAUUUAUUCUUGUCUUCAUCUUGAAUUUUAUUUUUAUAGAAAUUAUUCGAAUGAACCUGACUGAUAAUUUUAGGGAAACAAACAUGGAAAUUUGUUGGAAAUUUGUUGCCCUUAUCACAUUGCCCACUUGGAUCACUGGAUAAUACUUGGAUCAAAUAUUGAGUUGUUUGUGGUAUACAAUGACAGGUAGUUAGUUUGUUAAAAGGGAUAGAAAUGUUCUGGAAUUUGUUACAUAGCCGUUAGGUAAUACAGAGGAGCCUUGGUUAACGAAUUUAAUCCAUUCUGGCACGGAGCUCGUCAUGUGAAACGCUCGUCUUGCGAAACGAAUUUCCCCAUUUAAAAUAAUGGAAAUAGAAUUAAUGUGUUCCACCACCGAAAAAUAUUAAUGAUAUUCUAUUUUUUUUCAUUGAAAAUGGAGCAGCCUACUUGACAUACACAGAACUAACCUUUUGACUUUUUUUUUUUCUCUCUCUCAAUUUUUUUCAAAUUUUUCUAACAAAAAUUUAAUGCUUUGCAACAUUACAGCAGUCACCCCCUUUACAUCCCAGCAUCAUCAGCAUAUUUUUAAAAAAAUUCAUUGAUUUGUAUCGUCGGAGGCGUCCAAAAAUUUGCGAGAAUCAACGGAAACGCUAGAAAGCACAACGUGGUUUUCUCGUUAACGGAGUGGAAGCUCAUCAAUCCAGACGAAUUUUCUGCGAGUGGCUCGCUCGUUACCUGAAAUGCUUGUAGAUGGAGCCGCUCGUCACCUGAGGUUCCUCUGUACAGUACUUGUAUAUGAUAACCUAAUAUUCAAGUUGUUCUAUGUUUACAAUUUCCCUAUUCAUUGGAGGUUGUGACAGAGUACAUACUUCAAGCUGCUAAUAGAGGCUUUAUGAAAGAUGUGAUUCAUCUAUAUUUUGUUGAUAUCUUUGGAAUGGUUGCCCAGGGAAUUUGUCUUGUAUAUUAUCCUAAUCCAUAUUAUAAAGUGGAGAGUUUGGUAAAGACCAGCCGGUUUCCACUUUGCAUUUUGAAGGCUUGUUAAAACCAUGAUGUUUACAGUAAUAAUUUCCAGCUUUAACUUUCAUAUUUUAGUUUGAUGCUACACGUAAGGUCUUGGAUCACAUUUCGCCAGGUGGUGCAGUGUAUAAUUAUGGGUUUUCAUUGGGUUAGUUUUCUGUGGCAAUCUCUUGGAAAAAUGAAUCUACUGAAGGUUUGUCAGAUUUUUUAAUGUAUUUUUUUCUUCUAGUAGGCAAUAACAGGAAUUAAAAAGAUAAAAAAAAAUUGCCCCUAAGCCUAGUG